CUUCCAUCGGGUGUCUCGCUGUGUUCGAGCUUCCAUCGUUACAGAGUUAGUGUAUCGUAGUCACAAAGUUGCCGAUUGUCUUAGCCUGUGCUGUGUGCCUAGCUCUCUUAACAGUCUUAUUCGUCGACUCCCAACUUUUCUGCACUUUUCCUCGUGUUUUUGUUUUUGUUUACGGUACUUUUUGUUUAAUACUCUAUAGUUCGGUGUGCGUCGCUGUAUAGUUUUGCUAGUGCUCGGUUUACCGACGAUUUUCACUUUACUGUGAUGAUAUUUCGAUGGAUUUGCUACGUAAUCGAGUCGACUAGCAAGUUUUAAUUAUGAUAUUUUUGCGUAAUAAGCAACUAGACUUUUGUUUCCUCUCGCCUACUGAUACCUAUUGGUAUAACGGAGGUUAAGAAAUCGCGCUUUUUUUUCGGAUGUGAUUUCGAUUUCGACUUUUGCGUUUGCGGUUUCCAAUUCCCCAAGCUCUGGCCAUCGACUCGACUGUUGUAUUAAUAACCAGCAGGAAUAGCCAGCAGACUUGGUGAACAUCACACGUACACGUGUACGCAUAAUUAACUGUGUACGACUGUACGUAUUUCAUACGAGAAGUGACUCGCGUAUGUGUGUAUCUCUCUCUGUAUAUUUAUACUGUUUCGAUAGCAAUGACCAAACGAUAUCAUUAAUAUUAAUAGUAUAUUAUGUGGCGAAUCCGAUACCUAUUCUAUUCUGAAAUCUGAAUUGUGUUAUUCGUCGUAGUACGUGUUCUGUGUGCGUGUGGUGCUUUCUGUGUUAUCGAAUUACUUAUACUUAUGAAACGCGAACGUAUAGUGUAAAUUUUAUUACCGGAUUAGUACCAUAAUAACGUGCCCAGCUAUAUUGUUUCAAUUCGCGACCACUGCAGUCUGCAGGCAGCCUAAAACGACAACUGGUUUACCAAAUACCUAUUAACACUGGAUCAAUGCGGGUAGGCAAAUGUUGCAGAAUUUCUCCAUUAUCAAUCCUGCUCAUUACUCUGUUAUCGUUGACGAUAUCGCCAUCGCCGACGACUUGCACAGUAUAAGGGCUAUACGAAAUAACGCCAUAGCUGACACCGUUGUAUGGGGUAAAAGAAAUAAGUGCCUUAAUGAAAAACGUCGCCGAGAACAAGAGAAUAUCUUUAUAGAAGAGCUGGCCGAGUUAAUCUCCGUCAGCUUUUCGGACAUGAACUCCUUGUCUGUGAAGCCGGACAAGUGUGCCAUCCUACAAGAAACUGUCCAUCAGAUUCGUAACAUUAAACAGCAACAACAACAAGGGCAAGAGCUGCAACAGCAACAAAACCAGCCGAAUCAACAGAGCGUUGUUAGUACGGAUGAUAUUCAGCAAGGCGAAGUUUCAUCUUCAAAACCUACAGUAUUAUCUCAGGCGGUUUUCGGUCCUUUAUUAUUAGAAGCAUUGGAGGGGUUCGCGUUCCUUUUGAACCAGGAAGGAAAAGUGGAGUAUGUGACUGAUAACGUUUCGCAGUUUAUUAAAUACAGUAAAGAUGAAAUAUUAGGAAAGAAUAUUUACAAUAUUAUUCAUCCUCACGAUCAUGGUAAAUUCUCAACCAUCUUGUUACCUACAUCCGUUGGAAACUGGUCUCAAAGCGGAUCCGGCAGCGGUGCUAAUCAACAGCCAAAACAUCGCCCUUUUAAUUGCAAAUUCUUGAUUAAAUAUUCCGACGACAGCGACGAAUCGGUCGUCGAUAACAAAGAACAUACCAGUAAUUACGAUCAAGUGCAGAUCUCAUCGACAUUAUCGAAAGGAGAAGGCACAUACGUCUCGUUUCAGAUCUCAUCGACGUUGUUGAAAAGUGACGGCGUAUCGGGCAGCAACGGCGGAAACUGCAAUAAUGAAAUUAGUUCGGAGUGCGUCGAAAUGGGUCCAGGUUUAAUCUGCGUAGCCAGACGAAUACCGACUACCGAAAAACAUAUGAGCCCAGCCGUCGAACAAUUCACGACUAAAUUAGAUCCUCAGGGAAAGAUCAUCGGUAUCGAUACUAGCGGCGUAUCGUCGACGUAUUCGUUAUAUUUAAAUAAGGAUUUAAAAGGUAAAGCUCUCCAAGAGCUGUGUUACACAACUGAUUUGUAUAAUUUAACUUCUCAUCUGAAAGAAGUGCAUCAAAAUGAAAAAGCUACUAGUAAGAUUUACCGAUUGAUGAUAUCGCCGGAGAAAUACCUGCAUAUUCAAACGAAUUCUAGAUUAUUCAGAGCUACCCCUGGAUCCGGCGAGCCGGAUUUUAUUAUGGCUGCGCAUUCUAUAAUUAGCGAAAACGACGUAUGCCAAUUGAUCGAAUCAGCAACGCUGAAUCCGCGCCAGUCGUCUUCGCUGGGUGGCGGCCCGAUGAUGAACGCGUUAAACGGACGCCUAUCCGCAGUUACCACGCCGGAUAACUCGAACGCUAUGACGCUUAAUAAUAAUAAUAACAAUAACAGCAGCAGCAGCAACAACAAUAAUAAUAAUAACAACAACAACAAUAACAACAAUUCGGAUUAUUCGGCUAUGUCCGAUAUGAGCAUGCACGAUUUUGAUUUCUUUUCGAGACCUGAUUACGACAUGGAAGACAGAACGCCGUGGUCCGAUAGGCCGGAAAGCAGGCAUAGCAUGAACUCGGCUCCUAGUCCAAUGUUCAGUCACCCAAGUCCGGCGCCUACUGCGCCUUCGACGCCGUUUGGCGCAUCGUUACCGUUCAGUCCGCUCGACAACGACAUGAAGGACAACAAAGAUAUGAUUAUGGCCGAAGUGAAUAACAUGAACGACAGCUGCGAGUCAGCCAGACUGCGUAAUCUAUUGACCACCAAGAAAUCCAACAGUCAGCAAGACAACGACGACCAGAAAAAUAACCGAAACAAACAGAUAUUAGAGAAUUUACUCAAUCCUCCCGAAGGCGUCAUGGAUAUCGACGGUGCCGACGCCGGACCUAGUCCGAAGCAGCGUCGAGUAACUACGCCGUCUUCGAUGAACAGCAAUUCCGAUUCGUCGUCGUAUCAGAAAAGCGGCGGUGGAUCCAAUACCAUGCUUUUAACGCAGUUGUUGAAUAAGAAACCAUUACCUGAUAGCGAAGACACCGAUACGAAAACCACCGAAUAUUUACAUCAAAUACUUAAGGAUGGAAAUGGAAAUCAGAUGAUGAUGGAGCAAGAGCUACAACAUCAGCAACAAGUACACCAGCAGUUGCAGCAAUCCGUCCAUCGAAUACCAAACGAGGACACUAUACUGGAAGGUAUAGGAUUCCUGUCCAGCCCAUCGUCUCCGCCGGGAGGUUCGCGACUUCGUAAACGACCCAGCGAAGAAUUGGACGAGAACGGUAUACCGUCAAAACGGAACUCGAAGCUGGACUCGAUACCGCCUCCUCCGCCUGUUUCGAUUGCUAACAGCAAGCUGCGCGAAAAGAAUAAAACGCUUUUACAGCUCUUGGCCAAAGAACCUUCCAAGAAGCCCGAACCCAUACCACACCUUCCGCCUUCUGUUAUCUCAGCCAAACCUCAGGAUAGAUUACCAAAAAUUGUUAUCACCACUGCCUCGUCAGUAUCUCGACCGACGACUUCUGUCUGGGCUACGAGUAAUUCGCAACAGCAACAACAACAGUUACCCGGUCAAAUACGUAUGACAGCUCAACAGCAGCGUGCGCCCACCUCGAAUCUACCGUCUCGCGGUGGUUUCCUCAACGAACUGCUGCAGUCGAGCCAACAACAGCAGCAAAUGCAACAGCAACAGCUGCAGCUGCCGCAUCAGCUAAGGGACCAGAUGAAGAUCUCGAAUAAUAAUAACAUUUUACAGUGGGAACCGCAAAAUUCGGACGAUCACGAUUUGAACAAGCUGCUGGAUCAGUUGUUCGAAAAUGCUCCCGAUGCUAUCAGCGAAGAAAUUUCAGAUCCUAAUUUAUUAGGCUUGAUCCAUUCGGUCGAACAGAGCGAUGUAAUGAACAGCACCGAUAAUUCAAUGGGCGUGAAUAAUGUUACCUUGAACAAUGUGAUCGAUAGUAGCGCUGAAAAAAUGGCUAUCCACGCUAUAAAAAAUUCAUUCAUGUCGUACGAACAGCAGACUACCAUUUCGACCAGAAUGCAACUGCAAAUAAAUCCAUCGGUUUUGCUUCAACAUCAACAGCAGCAGCAACAGCACCAACAACAAUUACAGCAGCAGCAACAACAGCAGCAGCAGCAACAACAACAACAACAACAACAGCAACAGCAGCAGCAAAAUCAACAAGCGGCGCAACAGCAAAAACAAGCUCACUUAACGAUGAACCAACCCGGUCAACAAUUUCCACCGCCUCCGAUGUAUCAGCAACGACCUAAUCGUAUGCAGACGCAUCAGAACUCGGCUCCUCAGCUUGGCAACCGGCCGAUGACCCAGCAACAACAGUUCGCUGUAGCAACGUCCACUGGACAGCUUUCUCCGGCCCAGGUUAGUCAAGCACAGAAUCAUGCCCAAGCGUUGCAUCUUCAACAAAGAAGAUUGCUUAUGCUGCAACGACAACAGCAGAUGAUAAUACCGUCGAACGCCGCCGCCAAUAGUCAGGGGACGACGAGUCUGCAGAACAUGGAUACGUUACUGAAUAACACCGCUCCGCCGAACGUCUCGUUACAGCAGAGAUCAACGAGCUUAUCAUCGGAAGGAUCGAAUACGCAACAGCUGAGUCCCGGAGGUAGUAACAAUCCGUUGUACAAUAACACGAUGCUGACCUCGUCGCAGAUCUCACCGCCUCAACGGCAACCACCGUCGUCGCUCGCGUCACCGUAUUCGCCUCUGAAUACGAACCAUCCACAGCAAUCGUUUUCAAACCUAAAUUUCACUGGUGCUAGUAAUCAACAGGCAGUUGCUCAAUCGCAAGGUGCCCGGUUAUCGCCUUCUGGUCUUUCUCCAUUCCAAUCGCAGCUCAGUCCUAGGGUGUCUCAGCCGCAAACCACAUUUACCGGUACGUCGGUGAUGGCAUCUGGUGCUCAGCAGUCUCAAAUGCAACAGCAGAAUAAUUGGGCUUCGCAGCAGCCUCAGCAGUCUAUGGUCAAUAAUAGAAUGAGUCUGCAGCAACAACAGAAUCCUAUGCUCGAUGCGAGACUUUCGGGUGGCGUCUACACCGGUAACCGAGCCGCGUUGUUCGCUCAACAGUCUCAGAAAUCGCAGCAAGCUCAGUCACCUCAGCUAUCUCAGGUACGAGGCGGCCUAACCAGUCCGGGUCCCCGCCAGUCGCCUUUCCCGGCCGAUAUCUCGCCGACCACUGCUACCAGCUACGCGGCCGCAUCUCACGGUCAAUACAGACUGCAGCGAACCAUGAGCGUGCCCAAUUCGAACAUGGCCAAUUCGCAAGUACCACAAGGAAACAACUGCAUACGAUCGUAUUCUUCGAACACGGGCGCUUCGCUCAAUUUCAAGGAUACCUCCCAAACUCCUCCGCAUCCACCUCCUCUUUAUUCGCCCGUAAUGUAUCAACAUCACGGCGAAUCUUCUCCUUACUGUUACCCUGAUCAAUCGUUACCAAUGUAUGGGGAUAGAUCUCGAGUUACGCACUCUAGUGGUGGCAAUAAUAACGUUAGUAAUAAUAACAAUAAUAACAACGGCGUUCCCGAUUACGUCAGACAAGAAUUACGAAAUGUGGUAGCUGCCAGACGACAACAACAAGGUGAUAUGAGAUUACCUCCGUUACAAGUUGGUCCUGGCCAACAAUCGCUCGCCACCGGAUUAGAACAUCUGGGGUUGUCGCUAGAGAUGCCUAAUGAUGAUGAUAACAAAUGGGGCGGUAUGAACCCUGAUAUGACUGAAGGAUCGCCCUCGGCGGGAUUUUCGGCUAGAACUAGUCUCGACGACGUAAACUUACGAAGUGGCGUCGUUAAUAACGCGAACGCCAUGAACCAGAUGGGCAACGUCGGUGGAGGUGAGAAAGCAUCGCUGCUGCAAAAACUGCUAUCCGAGUAACGAGAGGUAAAAGGGAUAAAACCACCUUAAGACGCCGAGUCAGAGCCAGGACCACGUUCAGGGCCUGCUUUCGUUUACACUCUCGCUCUCUCGCUAACCACGUCGAAAGUUUACUUUUUUUUGAUCUCUAAAAAAAAUGUUAAUAGCGCAUUAUUAUUAUUAGUUUACUUUGUUAAUUAUGUUUUAACUUUUUAUUACGCUAUUUUAUUUACGUACGUAGUACAUUUUUACGUACGAACGUACGAAGAUAAUUCGCAAAAAUAAAAUACAAAAAAAAAUUGAUCGAGUUGACAAAAAUGAUACGCGGUAAAAGACGCUGAGAAAAAAAAAAUAGAUAAAAUGAAAAAACCACAAAAAAAAAGUUUUAUCGAUGUUGAUUAUUAUUACUUUUUUUUUUUUACAAAGUGUAAUAUGUGUCUGAAGAAACGACCCCGAAGACGAUGUUUUUUGUUUUUUUUUGUGUUUUUUUUUUCUAUUCUACGUAUACUUUGAACAUGUAGAUUUAUACGGUAAUUAAGUGUUGAAUUUUUUUUUUCAGUUUUUAUUUUCUUCAGAAAAUA